AUGUCUCGACAACCAGGUAGCAUUAAGAUUUUUGGUGACACAUAUCCUAAUGGUGUCUGGGGUGAACUCAAGGAAGGAGUUGCUUCUCACAUAUAUGGAAAUCUUGUUGCACUUGCUUUGUUCAAUGGUGAAUCAAAAUUAUUUGCAUGCACGGGAUUUUUCAUUGACUAUGCUGAUAAAUGCCCGGCUAUCCUGACAUCAGCAAGCUUGGUUAGGAAUCUUGAUGGCACAAUUAUUGAGGGCUUAAGGAUUGUGGUGUUGCUUCCAAACAAUGAACGUUGUGAAGGGAAAUUGGAACAUUAUAGUUUACAUUACAAUGUUGCUCUUGCCAGCGUCAAGAAUUAUAAUGUUGAUUGUCCUGCGCUGAAACAUCAGACGAUGUAUUAUUCUACCAAGGUAGUAGCUGUGGGCCGUCGCUUUGAACCAGAUUUAGUUAUGGCUGCAAGUGGAAUAUGUACCAGGUGGUCAGGCAAACUGGAUUGCAAUGAUCUUCGUUACACUACAUGUACAAUCACUAAGGCUGGGAUUGGAGGGCCCCUUGUUGAUGUCAACGGCAAUUUUGUGGGCAUGAACUACUAUGAUAGGAACAUGGGAACUCCGUUCCUGCGGUUUGAUCUUCUCUGCGGAAUUCUGAACUAUUUUAAGAUAGGACAGUAA